GCAGCGGGCGGCGCUGAGCCGCCACCACCGCUACUGAGGAAGAAGCCGGCCCAGCUGCAGCCGCGUCCCAACGCCCGCGCCCCCAAUCCCCGCGCCGCGACCCCGGCGCCCCGAACCCUACGCCCGAUUCCGCCAACUUUCACGCUGCUUCGGCGGCUCGGCCCGGCUUGGCGCCAAUGGUGGAGGCCAUAGUGGAGUUUGAUUACCAGGCCCAGCACGAUGAUGAGCUGACGAUCAGCGUGGGUGAAGUCAUCACCAACAUCAGGAAGGAGGCUGGAGGCUGGUGGGAGGGGCAGAUCAACGGCAGGAGAGGUUUGUUCCCUGACAACUUUGUAAGAGAAAUAAAGAAAGAUAUGAAGAAAGACCCUCUCGCCAACAAAGCUCCAGAGAAGCCCAUGCAUGAUGUAGCCAGUGGAAACGCUUUGCUGUCUUCUGAAACCAUUUUAAGAACCAAUAAGCGAGGCGAGCGACGGAGACGCCGAUGCCAGGUGGCAUUCAGCUACCUGCCCCAGAAUGACGAUGAGCUUGAGCUGAAAGUCGGGGACAUCAUAGAGGUUGUAGGAGAGGUAGAGGAAGGAUGGUGGGAAGGUGUACUCAAUGGGAAGACUGGAAUGUUUCCUUCCAACUUCAUCAAGGAGCUGUCGGGGGAGUCGGAUGAGCUUGGCAUUUCCCAGGAUGAGCAGCUAUCCAAAUCAAGCUUAAGAGAAACCACAGGUUCCGAGAGUGAUGGGGGUGACUCAAGCAGUACCAAGUCGGAAGGUGCCAACGGGACAGUGGCAACCGCAGCCAUCCAGCCCAAGAAAGUCAAAGGAGUGGGCUUUGGAGACAUUUUCAAAGACAAGCCAAUUAAACUAAGACCGAGGUCAAUCGAAGUAGAAAAUGACUUCCUGCCGGUAGAAAAGACAAUUGGGAAGAAGUUACCUCCAGCUACGUCAGCUCCAGAUCCAUCAAAAACAGAAAUGGACAGCAGAACAAAGACCAAGGAUUACUGCAAAGUAAUAUUUCCGUAUGAGGCACAGAAUGAUGACGAAUUGACAAUCAAGGAAGGAGAUAUAGUGACUCUCAUCAAUAAGGACUGCAUCGAUGUAGGCUGGUGGGAAGGAGAGCUCAAUGGCAGACGAGGAGUGUUCCCUGACAACUUUGUGAAGUUACUUCCACCGGACUUCGACAAGGAAGGGAAUAGACCCAAGAAACCGCCACCUCCAUCUGCUCCUGUCAUCAAACAAGGAGCAGGUACUACAGAGAGAAAACACGAAAUUAAAAAGAUACCUCCUGAAAGACCAGAAACACUUCCAAACAGAACAGAGGAGAAAGAAAGACCAGAGAGAGAGCCAAAACUGGAUUUACAGAAGCCCUCUGUUCCUGCUAUCCCACCUAAAAAGCCUCGGCCACCUAAGACCAAUUCUCUGAAUAGACCUGGUGCAUUGCCCCCAAGAAGACCUGAGCGACCAGUGGGCCCACUGACGCACACCAGGGGUGACAGUCCAAAGAUUGACUUGGCGGGCAGCGCACUCUCUGGCAUCCUGGACAAGGACCUCUCAGACCGCAGCAAUGACAUUGACCUAGAAGGUUUUGACUCGGUGGUAUCAUCUACUGAAAAACUCAGUCACCCAACCACAAGCAGACCAAAAGCUACGGGGAGGCGGCCUCCAUCUCAGUCGCUCACAUCUUCCUCCCUUUCAAGCCCCGAUAUCUUUGACUCCCCAAGUCCCGAAGAAGAUAAAGAGGAACACAUUUCGCUUGCGCACAGAGGACUAGACGUGUCAAGGAAGACUUCCAAGACUGUUACCAUAUCCCAAGUGUCGGACAACAAGGCAUCCCUGCCACCCAAGCCAGGGACCAUGGCAGCUGGCAGCAGUGGGUCAGCCUCUCUGUCCUCAGUGGCAUCCUCCCCCAUGUCAUCGUCUUUGGGAGCAGCUGGACACAGAGCCAAUUCUCCAUCUUUGUUCAGCACAGAAGGAAAAGCAAAGAUGGAGCCUGCGGUCAGCAGCCAGGCUGCUGUGGAGGAGCUUCGGACCCAAGUCCGCGAGCUGAGGAGCAUCAUUGAAAGCAUGAAGGAGCAGCAGAAACGUGAGAUUAAGCAAUUACUGUCCGAGCUGGAUGAAGAAAAGAAAAUCCGACUUCGGUUGCAGAUGGAAGUGAAUGACAUAAAGAAAGCUCUUCAAUCAAAAUGAAUACCUGAUGAUUGAGAUGUCACAUUAUUCACCCUGAGUCCAAGACUCAAAUCUCCUGCCCCAGCCAAAAUCAUCUUGUGCCAAAAGAUUAAAGGUUUGCCUCAACACGU